AAUUGUAUACGAAUUUGGAGCCGUUGAACUGAAUAUCGCAGAUUUGAACAAAGUACAUAAAAUUAAACUUUAUUAAUUAACUAAUUUGUUUUGCUGACUUUAGAUUAUAAUAUUAAUACUUAUUACGAGACAAAUAUGGCUGAAUCUCUUUUUGAUAUAUUUGGCGAUCACCUGACGAGACAAGCUAUGAAGAAUGUUUCGCGCCAGCCGUUAGCGAACAUUGAAAAUAUGGGGAAAACCGUUACCACUGGCCCCAUUAAGCCAAAUGAGCCUUUGAAAAAGGGAGACAUAAAGCCGAAGAAGUCUUUCCUCUCAAACGCUGGUAAAGCUCUUCAAAGUAGUCCUACAAGGAGGGCAUUUACACCACGAGCCGUGAACAUGGGGUCUCUCAUAUACACGGAUGCAGACACUAAGACUAAUGAGAAUGAAUGGAACAGUGAUGAGUUGUUGUUCACAAAACCAUCCAACAAAUAUGAUAAUUACCAUAAAGAUUUAUUUGAUUAUCUGCCAGUGCCAGAGCCCCCGAUUCUCAAGCAGUUCUCACCACCCAGCACACCACCUCCAACCACCAUUCAGCACAGUGCUGAGUUUGAUUGUUCAUACGAAGAUGAGUUCUUCACAGAUGACUUCUCAAAUGAAGGCAUCCCAGAUGAAGAUCUUGGUCUCCCUGAUUUAUAUUAAUUGGACACUGUCUCAUAUUUAUCUUUUUUGAGAAUGAUUUAAUUUUGCUUAUUAAGAUUAUAAUUGGAAUAUUAUGAAACAAUAGUGAUAAAAACAUUUUGUCAUGUUUUUAAAUAAUAAUCACUUAUAUUAAUAGUUCUGACAAUAAUAUCAUUACAAUUAUAUGUAUAUGAAAUUGAAUUGUAUGAUUUAAUAAUUACUAACUUUCAAUAUGACUUCUACAUAACUCUGCUAUCUAAACUCUUAUGUACAGAACAAUUGUCAGAAGUGAAUGGCAACAACACAAAUAUGGCAGAAUUUUUGAAAACACAGCUUUAAAAAGCUUAUUUCACCAAAUAAGCUCAUAUACUUUGAACCAUGCAGAGUGCUAACAAUCACAAUAUACUGCUGGAGACAUAAUGGGAGCUGGAAUUAAGAGCUUAUAAACUCCAAUCUGCUGAUUUAACAUUUUCUAAUUUGUUAUGUUAAGAAUAGAAGAUCAUAAGUUUUUAAUUGUUAUUAAAUUUCUUCUAGAAUAUUCUAUAAUAAAAUUUGUCUUCUGACACUUUUGUUCUGUGAUAUAUAAGAUAUGGACACCAAAUUGUUAGAAAUAAACAGCUGAAGAUGCAGGGGAUGUAUGUGAAAAUACAAAUGCAAUUAAUGAACUGGUUGUAAUCCAAAAUUGUACAUUUUGUCAUACAAAAUAAAUGUAAUUAUGUGAACCAUUCCUAAAUAUCCCUGACUAUUGUUUUGAUCUUUAUAAAAGAGAGUGCUUUAUAGCUGCAUAGCUGUCCGCCUUUACAAGUUGUGUGAUAUUUUAAGAAGCCUUUUA